CUCAAAAAGAUACCUUUAAGAGAAUCCAUUUUAAAUAGUCCAAAUGUGCUUACAUUGUCUAGGCUAAUUGUUUCUCCAUUCGUUGGAUACUUUAUUUUGAGUGAGCAAUAUGAGGUUGCGUUAGGUGCAUUUAUGUAUGCUGGUAUUACUGAUUUGUUGGACGGAAUCAUAGCUCGGCAUUAUAACUUGAAAACUAUGGUAGGGACAGUUAUAGAUCCAUUAGCAGAUAAAACAUUAAUUACCAUUCUGACGGUUACUUUAGCCAUGAAAGACUUGUUACCAAGUAAAAUUAAUUGUCAAAAUAUUGUACCUAAUUAUUGUUGA